AUGGGCCAAGGAAGGCAGAAGAUCAUCUUUGACAAUUCCAAAAUGCGUUUUAUCACUGUUCUCAUCUUUGUCUUUGCCCUUCUCUCCAAGGCUGUGAGCCAAGAUUUCAUCGAUGACUCCGCUGAUAUGCACCGUUUCCGCCGGCACGUUGAACAUCAAAAACAUAGUCUCAACGAUGGCCAUCUCCACUCUCGUAAUUCUAAAAACGUUUCCCGACACUUUGUAAACGACGGACAUGCUCAACAUCACAAGAACAAUGGUGGACAAUUCAAAUUGAGACAUUAAAUCAUUGUUUUGUCUGAUUGAUUAAAUAAAUUUUGGCGUGGAGCUUAGUUCAAAA